GCUCUUAUUGUAGUGAGCUGGCAGGAGCCCUCCUCCAUCACGCUAUUCCCGUGCGAGGAAAGCACUUGUCUAUCUCGGCUGCAGGGAUGUGUGUCCCCCCUGUCCUAAUCUACCAUCUGACCCUGACCAGUGUAACAUUAGACGGUACGGCGAAUUAAUUAGCAAUCGCCAUGGCUUCAGGCAACGAAUGCAGCUAUGCUUUUGAGGAUUACAAAGAGACAGCUGACUGGCUUCUGGCACAGACUGAGAUGCGUCUGAAGGUGGCUGUUAUCUGUGGCUCCAGUCUGGGAGCCUUGGCUGAGCUGUUUGAGAACCAGACUGCCAUCCCCUACAAGGACAUCCCCCACUUCCCACAGAGCACAGGUACUGCAAGCCUGCCUCCCCAUUCCAUCCAAGACCUGUGCCAACGUUCAGCUACAAUAACAGUUACUAUGACAUUUCUGAGUGUGAGAACGGUGUACAGCAUGGUAGCUGGGCCUUCGUACGAGACGACUGCAGAAUGCAACAUGCUCCAGAUGCUGGGGGCAGAUGCUGUUGGCAUGAGCACCGUUCCAGAGGUGAUCCUGGCCAGGCACUGCGGGCUGCGGGUGUUCAGCCUGUCGCUUAUCACCAACAAAGUUGUGAUGAACUACAACAGCCACGAGAAGGUCAACCAUGAGGACGUCCUCAGGACAUCCAAACUCCAGGCAGAGGACUUGCAGAAUCUGGUCAUCUGCCUCGUAGCCAAGUUGGGGUAG